AUGCCGGCUAUGAUGCUUGAAGCCGUUACAUCACAAGAUCUUUGGAUCUGGCAUGCAUUCUUUGGUAUGCCAGGUUCACAUAACGAUAUAAACUUUAUACAUCACUCGCCCCUUUUCAAUGAUCUAAUAAAUGGUGUUGGACCAAAAGGAACAUUUAUUGUAAGUGACGUUGAAUACAAGUAUAGGUAUUAUCUUGUUGAUGGAAUUUACCCUUACUGGGCUGUUUUUGUGAAAUCAUUUUUAAGAGAGGGAACCAUAGAUCCUAAAAGAAGAAAGUUUAACAAAGUUCAGAUGAUGGCACGUAAAGAAAUCGAUCGAGCAUUUGGUGUUUUGCAGAAAAUGUGGCACAUUUUGAGCAUGCCUUGUAGAUUGUAUGAAAAAGACCGAAUAAGAAACGUGAUGUACGCGUGCAUCAUUCUACACAACAUGAUUUUAGGGGAUGAAGGUCGUGCAAUAGUUGAAUAUUAUGGCAAGGAGACCGCAUCAAAUAUCGAAGACAUUAGUAACGAAGAGAUAUCGCAAAACCAAAAUCUAAUCGAGUCAAGACAAAUAAGUUCAAACCUUCAAGCUAAUUUGUUGGAUGUAAAGGACUCAAUGUAG